AUGACCACUACAGCAGGCGGAGGAACAGGCUCCAGCCUGGCACGCGCGAUUACUAUUGUUGCAGGCGUAUCGGCUUUGGUCGCCUCUCUCCUGUCCCUUGUGGUUCCGAUAUACGCGGUAUCAUCAUGGACAAGCAUCAUAUCGCUCACAGCAGCUCAGUUCCUGGACCCUAUCCGCGAUAUCUAUGAGGCAUUCACUAUCUACACCUUCUUCCAACUCCUCAUUAACUUCCUCGGGGGCGAGCGAGCUGUGAUUAUCAUGGCGCAUGGCCGCCCCCCAAUCUCGCACGCCUGGCCUCUCAAUCACUUCCUCUCAAAGAUUGACGUCUCCGACCCCCAUACCUUCCUCGCUGUCAAGCGUGGUAUAUUGCAAUAUGCAUGGUUGAAGCCGGUUCUAGCUCUCGCUUCUAUUAUAAUGAAGGCUACAAACACAUAUCAAGAGGGCUAUAUUGGGCUGGGUUCGGGAUACCUCUGGACAGGUAUCGUGUACAACCUGAGUGUCACAAUCAGUCUCUACUCCCUAGCCAUGUUUUGGGUGUGUCUGCAUGACGACCUUGUGCCAUUCCGACCAGUUCCCAAAUUCCUCUGUAUUAAACUCAUCAUUUUCGCCUCUUAUUGGCAAGGCUUUUUCUUGUCAAUUUUGCAGUGGCUUGGGGCUCUCAGCAGCGUUGCGGAGUAUACACCCGACAACCUUGCGGCCGCCAUUCAAGACAGCCUCAUUUGUUUCGAGAUGCCAUUUUUCGCAAUGGCUCAUUGGUAUGCAUUCUCGUGGCACGAUUAUGCAGAUCCUACCAUCUCAGCUGCGCGCAUGCCUGUGAAAUACGCACUUCGAGACGCCUUUGGUAUUCGGGAUCUGGUGGAGGACACUAUGAUGACCCUGCGCGGCGAGAACUAUGAGUACCGGCUCUUCGACUCGGGCGAUAAUAUCGUCCCGCACGAGGAGUCGGGGUCGAGAGUCAAGCGAGUAAUGGAUGGUAUGCGAUAUGAGCGAGGUGGUAAAGCGAAAUACUGGAUUCCGAAGCCAGGCGAAGCCAAUAGUCGCACACCGUUGUUAGCCGGAGAGCCCAGUGAACGCGGCGGUAGAACUGAACGGCCCAGCCAAAGCUCGAGAGAGAGGUUCCGAUCUUACAGCGAAAUAGAUGAAAUUACAAUGGACGAUGAGGAUGAACGACUUUUCCUCAAUGCCCGCGCGUUGGAAUUCGGUGACUGGAAUUACCCGGUGAUUACCGCCAACGAGGUGCCAAGUGACCAACGGCUACCGCCCACGAGGCGACGUCAAGAUUCAAACCGAGGGGCAGAUAUCAAAAAGGCCCGCAGGCACAGGAAAAGUCGGGCGUCGGAAGGUGAAACCACGCAAAGCCCUAAGCCAAGCUCUGAUAAAAAGCCGGCUGGUAAGCCUGGCCCAAGCUCAGCAGCACGCGGUCCCUUGCAGCGAAACUCUAGUUCCGCAAGCUCCGGUGGUACCCGACAGAGCCAGCUGGUGGACCUUGUUGUGGAGGAUACAGAGGCUGAAGAAGAAGAGCGGGCUCAAAUACAAAGAGAGUAUGGGUCUGCUCAUGCAGAGCCCGAACCUCACAUAUUUGAAAGACCUUCAGGAGAGCCAAUCGAAGAAGAGCCCGAGUCCGACUCUGCGACACAUCCAGAGUCUAAUAAUCCUGAUCGGUCUAAAUGGGCCUAUGGUGAUUUAGAGCAGGACAAUGUAUGGGGCAAUUAG